ACCCCAACACACUUCCUGGUUCAACACCGUGUGCACACGUUGAAAUGUCAUCGUGAACACUAAACAACCCGCAAAUUUAGCUACAUCUGUUAGGGGAUUCGGGUCGUUAUUUCAAGCAGUUCUUCUGACUUUUUCCGUCAAUCGGAGGACGCACACAGAUCAUGAAGGUUUUCAUAACAAGACGCAUCCCACAGGAGGGAAUGAAGAUUCUGUCACAGGCUGGAGUAUGUAAAGUGUCACUGUGGGACUCUGAUGAGCCUGUUCCGAGGGCGGAGCUUCUGAAGGGCGUGGAGGGGGCCCAUGGGCUGCUGUGCCUCCUGUCGGACAAGAUCGACACAGAGGUUCUGGACGCAGCAGGUCCAAACCUGAAGGUUAUAAGUACCUUGUCUGUCGGAUUUGACCACAUGGCCAUAGAUGAGAUCAAGAAACGAGGGGUGCGUGUGGGCUACACUCCAGACGUCCUGACUGAUGCCACAGCGGAGCUGACCGUUGCCCUGCUCCUGGCUACAGCUCGGCGGCUACCAGAGGGCGUGGUGGAGGUCAAGAAUGGAGGCUGGAGCACCUGGAAACCUCUGUGGUUGUGUGGUUAUGGUCUGUCAGGCAGCACUGUCGGUGUCAUUGGACUGGGACGCAUAGGUAUGGCCAUUGCCAGGAGGCUGAAACCGUUUGGAGUGAAGAGGCUCCUGUACUCUGGAAGAACUGCCAAAUCCUAUGCUGCUGAGGUGGAGGGAGAAUACGUGCCCUUGGACACGCUGGUGUCUGAGAGUGAUUUUGUCGUGGUGUCCUGCGCCCUCACACCAGAGACCCAGGGCCUGUGUAACAAGGACUUCUUCAGCAAGAUGAAGAACACCGCUGUCUUCAUCAACAUCAGCAGGGGUGCAGUGGUGAAUCAGGAGGAUCUGUACCAGGCUCUGUCCAGUGGUCAGAUAGCUUGUGCUGGGCUGGACGUCACAACCCCAGAACCACUCCCCACCGACCACCCCCUCCUCACCCUCAAAAACUGUGUGGUCUUGCCCCACAUUGGCAGUGCUACCUACUCCACACGUGGCAUCAUGGCAGAGCUGUCCGCAAACAACCUGCUAGCAGGCCUACAGGGCACAGACAUGCCCAGCGAACUCAAAUUCUAGUGCUGCUCUACAACUACUCAAUUCUGCCUGGGUCCUCCUGUUAGAAUGAUUUUUUGAUCAAUCAAUCAGUAGUCUUUACCAGGGAAGGUAAAAGCCUUAAGUAACCAGGAAGGAAUCUGUGUUGAGAUUAUUGCAGUUCUAUUAAAGAAAAGUUUCGCCCAUUUUGAAUGUUUUAUCAUUUUUGUGCGUCUCUGAGCGAUGUUCUAUCGAUUCCCGGUGAUUUUCAUGUGUACCUGAGCUAUUCGCCGUUCAAACAUGCAGAAAUACAGCCAGUAUGCCAUGUUUUGCAUCGCAAGAAAUACAGCCGGUAUGACGUCUUCUGCGCCAUAGAAAUACAGCCGGUAUGAUGAAUUUUGUAUAUGAUGUAAAAAACAAGAGAAAUAAGCUUUUUGUGCGUAUGGAACAUUUCUGUGACAUUUUUAUUUCAGCUCAUGAAACAUGGGACCAACACUUUACAUGUUUUAUUUUAUUUUAUUUUUAUUUUAUUUUAUUGCAUGUUUGAACGGCGAAUAGCUCAGGUACACAUGAAAAAAAAAAAAAAA